AUGAAGAGCGCAGGAACCAGCAGCCUAGCAGCGGCCGUGCUCCUCCUGGCCGGCUGCGCCCGGAGCGCGCUCCCCCCGGCCCAGCCGCCCCCCUUCCUCGUCCAGUCAUCCGCACUCGUCGACAGCCAGGACCAGGCGAUCAUCCCGCCCGACAGCAGCAACACCGUCCGCUUCACCGACUGUCCUGCGCCCGAUUACAAGGUCUAUGGCUCCGUCGAGUCGAUGACCAUCACGCCGUGCCAGCGAGCCUCCCCCGACGAUCCCUGCACCUUCGUCAAGGGCAGCAACUACACCAUCCAGUUCGUCUUCGAGACCUCGCUCAGCUCAGACCAUCCCCGCAGCUCGGUAGUCGCCCUGGACGCCGAUGGCGCCUACGCGUACUCGGGCCAGAGCUUCGACGCCUGCAAUUACGCGUCCUGCCCGAUCCACAGCAAUCGGCGCUCGGCUUACACCUACCACUUCCACACUCUGGCCUCCUCCUUCUGCCAUCUCAGCUUCAACCUCACCGAGAGCGUCGGCGGACGCAGCAUGUUCUGCGCCGGCACGCCCGUCACCUUCCACAAGUGA